UUUUCUAUAUCCCUCCUUUUUCUUUUUGGAUUUUAUUUUACGAUGAUCAAAGAAUUAGGAAAGGCUCGGGUUUUCAUUGGGCUGCCCCCAGGUAUCAGAAAUUCCAAUAAAUACCCAAUAACCAUUGACAAAUACGACGCCGUUACCUUGUCAAGCUACGAACAAGAAUCGUCAACUUCCUUCAUUGCUAAGCUCCCUCUCAGGACAUUUAUUCACAUACAGCAACCUCACCACUCCCAUGCCUUAACUAAUCCAAAAAUAAAUAAAUCCAACAAAAAAGGCUGAACCUUUAGAGCUGCUUGUUUCCAAGAAACCAUUAAUAAGCGAAAAAAAAUGCAAGCUUGGUUCUCAGGGGGCAGUAGCGGAGGUGAGGGGCAGGGAAAAGAAGGGCCAUCUCUUUUAGCAGAUUGGAACUCAUAUGCAGCUUCAAGAGAAGCAGAAGAGGGCACAGCAACUGGGUUUGGGUUUGAUCUUGAGUCUGCUGUGAGGUCUGCCAAUGAUACUGUCACUGGUACCUUCAAUGUUGUUUCAAAAGGGGUGAGAGAUCUUCCUGGGAAUCUCCAAUCUGCCACAAGUAGUGUCCCUUCAGGAAAAGCACUUAUCUAUUUUGGUUUACUUUUGGCGACUGGGGCCUUUUUUAUUUUCAUCGCUUUUACCAUGUUUCUUCCGAUCAUGGUCCUCAUGCCCCAGAAAUUUGCAAUCUGCUUUACCCUUGGAUGUGGCUUUAUCAUUGGCUCAUUUUUUGCUCUAAGAGGCCCAAAGAAUCAGUUUGCUCACAUGUCAUCAAGAGAGAGGCUUCCUUUUACAUUGGGAUUUAUUGGAAGUAUGGUGGGUACCAUAUAUGUUUCCAUGGUGCUUCACAGUUACAUUCUUUCUGUGCUCUUUUCUGUGUUACAGGUUCUUGCGCUUGUAUACUAUGCUAUUUCUUACUUCCCUGGUGGAUCUGCUGGGCUGAAAUUUCUCACAUCUGCUCUUACCUCUUCAGUAACAAGAUGUUUCGGGAGGUGACCUCUGUCACUUUGCCUUGUAUAGUUAAGACAUUAAAUGGUCUUUUAGCUACAUUGCUGUAGUUUCCUGAAAAAACUGUGAAGAGUGUACCUUUUAUAUGCAUCAAAUUGUUUGGAAUGGCUGAACAUCAAAAUUUGGAUGAAUUAACAGCAUUAGUUCUCACCGUUUGGGUUCUUUUCCAUUUUGUUAUAAGAGGUCAGCAAUAUGUUAAGAUCUAUACAUAUAUUCAUACCAUUGGCAUUAUCUCUGAGUCACAGUUUUAGGGAGAAAUCAUGAAUUUCACAUAGAUUGUGUAUUAGAAUUGAUCAUAAGAUAUAAGGUUUUAUAUCACUUUUAACUUGUUAGUAUCUUUUGUGAGAUAAAAUCGUGAAAUCAAAAGGAUCGAAGCGGAUAAUAUUUCAUAAAUUAAAUAUGGAUCAUAAGGAUGAUUUGGACACACAAGAAAUCAUUCUCGUGUUUUGAAAUCGUGCAAGUCACACCUGAGCCAAGCCCAAGUGACCA